CUUACAUCAUGGUCCAAUCGAAUGUCGCGAGAGUGGAGCAAGUGGAGUAGUUGAAAAUUGAAAAUAGUUGACUAAUUUUAAUUCGUUUAUAAAGUCUAUCGUUAUAAAUACAAUGUUAUUUAAAUAAAAACAUUCGUAGACGUUUAAUUUGUAACAUUUAACGUUGUAAAAAAAAAUGUUUGAAAAGUAAUAUGUACUUGGAGAGAGAAUUGGUAGGUAGAUGUAUUAUGAAGAUUAACAUUAAUUAAUUAGGAAAUAAUGAAAGAGAGGCAUGGCUGAACACAACAGUGAUCUCUACGAACAACAGCUUUUCGCUGUAUUCGAAAGCUGUUUGACGAAAGGAGAAGAUGAACUGGAUGAGGAUAAUCUGUUUUCCAUUUGCAAUAAAUUACAAAUCGACGAAUUGAUCGACGAAUUAAAAUUGUGCAUUUGCAAACAUCGUCCGAACAAACGAACGAUAUCCUUUCAGGAAUUCCGAGAUGGUUUAUUGCUCUUGUUGAAAAAAUCACAAGGUUUAAUAAGCGUGAAACAACAUGCUGUACAACCGUAUCGUAACUUAAAUAUGUGUAACGUUGAUAACGAGAAGAGUCAAUCUUUACCAAUGGCCACGAGCUUACCGAGCUUACCGUUAGCUUCGAAGGCUCGUCCUCGAGAUACGAAAGCUAACGUUACGAUGGACGAAAAUAGACUGAUGCACUUGUGGGAGAAAAUAAAGAUUUAUUUAAGGGGAGACCCCGCAGACCCCGCGACAAUACAGUUUAUAUCAAAUUGCUUGGAGAUUCCGCAACUCCCGAAACAAAUAACGGAAUCCAUCUUUGAGAGUCUCGAUCGCAAUUGCGACGGAUUGAUAAGCUUCGACGAGUUUGUAAUUAUAUUUCAAAGGAGAACGAGUGGAAAUGUCGCUUCGCGGGGAGAGGAUUGUCUCGCAUUGUCUCGCAACAGUAUUACCGUUAACUAUGAUGUAAAUACCUUAGAUUUUAAUACAAGCGUUUCUCGUGAAAUUAAACCGACACAGAGCCAGAAUGGAGAUUCGGAUAAGGAGAGUGAAAAGGUCGUUGGUGGUGUUUCCAGCGCGAAUCUAGCGUUGUCGUCCAGCGGAGAGCUCGAUGCUUUGGACACGAGUCUCGCGGAAAUAACAAACAUCAUAUGCGACGAACUGAAAAGUUUCAACGAAUCGUUGGAUAACGGUUUAAGCAUUCAGGCUCAUAUCAAUUUAUUACGAGAAACGAUGAUCGCCCAUCAGGAUGAGCAGCGUAAUCUAACUGCUAUAAUAGACAACAUGAAAGUGGAAAGAGAGAGGAUGCGGACCGACGUGUUGGAGGCUAACGAACGAGCGAAUUCGUUGGCGCAAGAGAUCGACGAGUAUCACGUUCAAUUGGAUAAGACGAAGAGAGACUUGCAGAGACAGAGCGAGCAACGUUACGCCGAAAUUACGAAGGAACUGUCGGAUCAGUUUAACGUCGAACGGGAAAUGGACGCUGCGGCACUGAAAUCGAAGGACGAUCAGUUGCAGGCGCUGCAAAAGGAGAAUCACUCUAUGAAAAAUCAGAUUGUCAAUAUUUUGCAAGAGAGUCAAAUGCUCGAGGCGGAAAAUAAAAUUUUUCUCGGCCAGAUCGAUAAGUUGCGACAAUCGAACAACGAUUUGUUAACUCGAAUUAAAAUAUUGGACGCGGAGCACGAUGAGAUACAAAACAUAGAAGCUAAGCAACAGGAGCAAGUUAACUUUUUUGUCGAGCGUAUUAAACAGUUGCAAUCUGAGGUAACUCUCUUGCGAGAUCAGAACGACGAGCUCAACGCGGAAUUGGAAACUUUCAAGUGUUGCGGCAAAGAUGCGGCGAGAUACGAGACACCGUCGUCUCUGGCGUACGAUUUACAACUGGAUGAGAACGAUGUAACGCGAGAGUUUCAGGUGGCGGCGGCGGCGAAUCAUCAUCAUCGUCAUCAUCAUCAUCAUCAUCAUCAUCAUCAGCAGCAGCAGCAGCAGCAGCAGCAGCAGCAGCAGCCUAUGGCUGCUGAUGAGAGAGCGUCGUCUAUCUUUGAUUUGCCACCAAAGAAAGCGCGGACCGAUUUUGCCAGCGAUUCCGAUGAGACGGAAUACAAGAGACCGGAUAUAAUUGUUGGAGAUACGAUUGUAAAGGAUCUGGAAAAUGUAUUGGCAACGAGUGCGAAAUGUCUGUCGGAGAAGUGCCCUUUGGCAGAGGGUAUAUCGAGAUUGAUCACUGGUCUACGAUCGAACUACCUUGCGGAACUAUAUCGUUCCGCGCGAGACUCGGGAAAAAGUAUAGCGUCCGAGCUCGAAAUGGAAUGCGAGCAACGUACUAACGAAUCCUUACGAGACUUGGUUGUUUCCAAAGUACCGAAGCAAUCUUCUGCGAAACGUACAACGAUGUCGAGUAGCGUGGAAGAGUCCAAUAAUUUCGUUGCUCAAGAUGCAAAGAGUCUAACGCAAAGCAAAGCGACGAGUCUUAGAGAUUAUCCUCCGCGUAAAGAGGAACAUCCUGUGGAUCAAUGCAAAGCCAAUAGUAAGGAGAGAAAUGGUUCCUCGAACGUUCCGACCCAAAUGGAGAGUCAAGGUGUUGCAAAAAUCGUCACGACGAAUGUAGAAUUGUUGGAGACCGAGAGGAAGCAGUUGACCGAACGUUGUCGCGAACUCGAACGAAGUUUGGAUUUAUUAAAGGCGGAAUACGAAGAGUGCGAAGAUUAUUGGGCUGCCAAAUUGGAAGAAGAGAGGCAGCUCUUUGAACAAGAACAAAAGAUAAGUGACGACAAACUUGCCGAGCUUAUUAAUAAAAUAACAGAGUACGAAGAAUUAAUCAGUCCGUCGGAUAAAUCGAAAAAUAACGGACGAUUGUCUCCCAUAGAAGAAAAGUUUAACUUGGAACAACAGUAUAUAGACCUCGAGGAAGAAUUUGAAAAAUGGAAAAUCCAAACUGAAAACGACAUUUGUCAAAAGAAUCUAGAGAUUGGAGACCUGCGUGAAAAAUUAAGACUGAUGGAACAACCAAUUACGAAUGAUUCCUACGUACAAGUACCAGACGAAAUUUCUUUAGCGACAUUCUCAGAUUCGUCUCAUUGUAAAUCUUCCAGUAUGUCUAGCGUUCUAUCGAGCAACGAAAUAUUCGUGAAUAUGGAUUUAUGUGGCACAAACGGUCAAGGGUGUCACGCUUGGCCAGAAUUUCCAUUAUCCAACAAUCUUACCAACAGAUUGUUGAAACGAGACGAUCCCAUUGAUAGUCAUAAUUUAUACGGUACGCAUACCGAAUGCCCUAUUAAAAUUAUAAAAGAUAUAAACAAAGAUGAAAAAUUAUAUAAUUCGUUUCUUCCUACUAAAACUACAUUAGCGACGAAAGAGGAAGAUAAAUGCGAUUCGGAAUUUAAAAUGAUACGUGACGUAAUGAAAGAAAGCAGCUGCGUGUGCUCGCAGAAUAAUGCCCAGCAGCAAGUAGGAGGUUGCGUUGACUUAAACAUUUUUCAAAAUUUAAAAAUGAAACUUUACGCACAAGAACGCAAGAAACGGCAUUUGCAACGUUAUAUUAAACAACAACGGCAAUAUGUUGAAAAAUUAUUGCAACGUAUUAUGAUGCAGCACCAAACGGAAGUAUGUGAAUUACAGUGCCUUCUCCGUAAUACCCAAGAAAGACUUCAGAUACAAAUUCAAACGACUGUUGAUCAGGCUGAUAAAUUAGCGAGUGCAGAUAUAUUGGUAAAGGAUUUGUACAUAGAAAACGCAUGUCUAACGUCGCACAUGAAGCGUUUACAAGAACGAUGUCUCGUCUUAACGGGCCUUGAUGUAGGAUCGACUUCAAUGUGAUGUCUACAAAUAGUCAUAAGAAAUCAACGUUUCUUUGUAUGUAUUGAAUAAUGUAUAUUAUUUAUUUUAUUAUAUAAAAUUAUUAAUUAACGAUUAAAAGUGAUACCUUAAGGCCGCGCGAUGUAACUCAGGGAUGCAAAUGGUCAGAAAAUAUGCAUAUUGUAACAUGGGUGCCUUCAGUUUUUAAUUUGACUUGAAACUAAAGUGAGAGAUUUGGCUUUAAUGUAUAUAUUGAUACAUCAUAGAAUUAUCAUAAUAAUAAGGAAAAUAUCAUUGGUUAAUCUUAAACGUUUUAAGAUUUAUCGUAUGAUAAGUAGGAGAGUAAGUUGAUAUCUGUUGUUUAUUUAAUUUAAUUGUAUACACAAGGUAUAAAUCAAUAUUAGGCGCAAGUAUUGGGUGAAUUGAGAUUUUAAACAUAUAUGUGCAAUUAAAACCAUUGUACGUGAUUUUAAUCGCACAAUAUUUUGGGUCAUAAUAUUCAUAAAUGACCAACAGUUAUUGAAAUAUUUGCAUUGAUAUUAAAACUUUCCUUCGUGUUAAAAUUCCUUCAAAUUUAACAAAUUGCACGAAAAAAA